UGUGCCGGAGAAGAUGAUGGCAGAGCUAGAGAUCGAGAAGACUUUCAGCCCUAAUAUCAUUCCAUCGCAGAAGAAAGUGCUAGUUUGCUUUGGAGAAAGAAAAAGGGAGGUGUCCUUUAGCAGUGAGGGAGGAAAUGGAGAGUUAUUGAAGCAAACACAGCUCGUGUUUCGAGAUAUAGAUCAAAACAAAAAUUUAGUGCUUCAACUGAAAAGCGAGGAGUGGGACGGACUGUUCUUAGACGUGACCGAUAAUGUGUCCGUCGCUGAUAAAUCCGUACUGAGAGCUGUUUUGCCAAAUCAACCCACAGCCAGUGCAUCUGCAUCUGCAUCUGGUAGUACGUUGAGAGAAGAGUCUCGUAGUGUGACAUCUAAAGCUGUGUCUGGCUUAAAGCGUAUUUCGAAGACUAGUGGUGCCUGUGCGAAAGUGUUGGCAACUAUUUUCCCUUCAACAAAAAGUGUUCCACCAAAAGACCUCAAUGUUUUUGAUCCCCUGGACGAUUGUGUUGCUCAAUCAGCGCAAAACAAAAAAAAGUCGACCAGAGUCAAAUCAAUAUCUGUCAAAGUAAUUCUUGUACCCGGGUGUUCCACGUUAGUUCUACCCAAGGGAAGGAAGAGACUGAAGUUAAUAGCAGAUAAACGCAUUGAGGCUAUCGAAAUUAAGCGAAGUAUGUCUCCUGCUGAUGUUCAAAACAGAAUCAAACGUGGAUUCAAGCACCUUAACUUGCAAAAUUGGGAAUAUUUAGUUGCUGAUGCGGGGAAGCUGUCAGUAUCCACAAACCAGGCCCCAGGAGGGGAGAUAGUGGAUAGACGAGGGGGGCUCUACAUUAGGGAGAAGGAAGAAAAGACUGCAACAGUAAUCGCAUCCACUUUCCAAGGAACAUCGUCUAGUACUGCUUCCACUUCCCAGGGAACAGCAUCAAUCAUUGCGUUCACUUCCCAAGGAACAUCAUCUAGUAUUGCUUCCACUUCAGCAUCAAUCAUUGCGUCCACUUCCCAAGGAACAUCAUCUAGUAUUGCUUCCACUUCAGCAUCAAUCAUUGCGUCCACUUCCCAAGGAACAUCAUCAAGAAUUGCAUCCACAACAUCACCAAGCAUUGCAUCUGCUUCUUAUUUACAGGAAAUAAGCACACCGAUACUCAAGGAUGAUGCGAGCUCCAUUAUGUCAUCUGAUGAAGAGUUGCCACCUGCCUUUCUGUCUAGAGUUGUUCCAGGAAAGGUUAAUGAGAGUGUCGAACAAACAAGGAUGAUUGUUGCUGAGCAGGAUCGUGUGUAUGAAGAAGGGUUACGCAUUGACCAGUCAAAAGAGCGAAAACGUCUUUGGACAGAGAUGGUCCAGGCCAGUAAAAUUUCUCUAAGAGAAAAACUGACCUCCACAAACCCGGAUGAUGGAAAACAGAUUUACAUGCGGCUACCCAAUGGCGACAGAGUGGGUUCUACCUUUUCCAAUGAAGCUUCUUGUCAGGUUCUCUACGAGUACGUUUUUGCAAUGAGCGAUUUGGAGGACCCGUAUGGGAUCUGUUGUAUGUUUCCCCGAUCAAUUGUCACCACUGAUCAGACAAUCGCAGAUGUCCAAGGAAUCCUUAUUGUUGAUGAGAGGAAUGGAUACUUUGAUCCUGUAUCUUUGGUUCACCGUAAGGGAGGUGUCUGCGUGCCGGAUAAGUCUAAUGGCCGGACAAGUCAGAUGUGCUUUCUAAAGGUAAAUCUGUAUGAUGUGACGAUCAAAAGACAUGAUAUAUAUCUUUGUACCAGGUCGUUUUUUCUUCUAAUAGAACGCUAGGUUGAAAAGUAGGCCUGGGGAAGAUCGUAUCUGGGCGUGGUAAAACUACUAUACGUGUGGUAUUUACUCUGCUACAGUAAUCUACAAAAUUAUUAAUAUCUCACGAUGAAAGCAAUUUAGCUAGCUCAGUGGUAGCUACUUGUAUAUAGUAGUUCCUAGUAAGUUUAGAUGUCAAACAAGAAGGCCUGACUCUCAAAGCAUCAAGUCCAAGCUGUCAAACUCCUGUGAGAAGGAAAAUAUGAUGUGAUUUGGCAAGUCUUUGUGCUACCAGCUGCUGCAAACAAUGAACUUGGAAGCCAGCUCAGCCAUAGACACAUAACUAGAUACAUGUAGGAUACUGUUACUUUCCUUGGCAUUUUUCUGUAUUUUCAUUCACAUUUUACGGCAUGUUUUACAAUACAGUUUACAAUUUCUAUAGACACGCCCAGAUACAAUCUAUCCCAUCUCCCUACCUAAAGAAAAAUUGGCCUGGGAACGAGGCUAAGUGUGAUAUUAUGUUAUAGUUAUACUAGGGAUUUAUGGCAGUAAACCACCGAGCACGAGGGCGUAGCCCCGAGGGCGAGGUGUGGUUUACGUUGCCAUAAAUCCCUAGCAACCAUAGUAUGAGUGUUAUAUAUCCUAUGUGAUUGGCUAGCUAUAAUUGCGCAUUUACUCCUCUAUACCAUGGUAACUCAAGUUAAAACUAUCAGAAAGUAAAAAGAAAGCAUUGUGGGAAAGCUUGCUCUGUCAAUAGCUAGCUAGCUACAGGUACAAAAUGCUUACCGUUCGACACCAGAGUUCUCCAGUUCCACGCUGUUAAAGAAAUGCUGAUCUAGCAAACACUUUGAGCCCUGCCCUGACUCCUCCUCCAAGAUUAAAGCCUCACAAACAGCUAAAGCCACCCAUACCCACAGAGCUGGAGCCAGACAGUGCGCGCGCAGAGUGGUGCCAAGGCUCCCACUUGCAAGCACUUGCACUAGCUCUAGCUUGAGAAUACGAAUGACCAGCUCUCUUAUCAAGUGACAAGUGCCUCACUAUCU